CGACGACGACGACGACGACGACAACGACGACGACGACGACGCCGACGUCAUCCGCAGGUAACGGCGACUCGCCGUCGAGAUCCCGGAUCGGGACGCCGCAGACGUCAUACGCCAAUCCGACAUCGACGAUGUUCCGCCUACGCGCCGAUCUCCGAGCGGGACGUCGAUCUUGAUCACGUGAAAGUGGACGACAUCCUCUUCCUCGCAAUCAGUCUCACUCGCUCGCAACGACGAGCCUCCUCCUCGAGCUCCCUCCGCGCGCUCAGGGUAACCGCGUAAUCGCGCUGCUUCCCGCAUCGCGGACGUCGUGACUUCUUGGGCUUCUUUUGCCUUCACCAUAGUGGUGCUUUCGCGUGGCACGUUUAAUCGCCGCAGCCGAUCGGAGUGGAGAGCCAGCUCGUAGAUCGUAGAUCGAGUCGCUUGGACGGCUACCUGGUGAUCGUGGAUCGAGGAGGGUGGAGGAAUCGGUGGUGAUCGCGGGAGAAGUGACGUACGUGCCACAGUGCGGCUACGCCGGGGACUGGAAUUAUUCUAGCGCACCGUUUCACAUCGCCCUGAUAACGAAUGAUCGAGGAGGCACAAUGAACGGGGCAGCAACGGUCACGGCCACCGAAGAUCAUCAGCACCAGCAUCAGCAGGGGCAGAAUGAAACGAAUUCGGAGCAUCCGCGGAGUCCUACCAGUCCGCUGAGUGUCAGGCACGACUCCGGCGAGAGCAGCGUGAUCUCCCCGGGCCUGCCGGAGCGUUACAGUCCUUUGGGGGCGACCGGAUCCACGUCCAGCCACGAUCCUUACGCCUCCCGUUCGGUCCAGGAAUGCCCGGUGCCACUUUGCAGAGGGAUGCCGACGGACUUCCCCCUCGCCCGGUCGCCGUACCUGACCGCGCUCGGGAACGGUCAUCCCCAUCUGCUGGGUCAGGUGCAGCAUCAGCAGCAGCAACAGCAGCAGCAGCAGCAGCAACCGCAGCAGCCGCAGCACGGUAGCAAGCCACCGCGCAGCCUGGGACUGAUAUGCGUGGUCUGCGGCGAUACCAGCUCCGGCAAGCAUUACGGAAUACUCGCCUGCAACGGCUGCAGCGGCUUCUUCAAGCGAAGCGUCAGGCGAAAGCUGAUUUACAGAUGUCAAGCCGGUACUGGAAGAUGCGUCGUAGACAAGGCGCAUCGAAAUCAGUGCCAAGCCUGCCGACUGAAGAAAUGUAUGCAGAUGGGGAUGAACAAAGAUGAUCGGCUGGAACGAAAUGUCGGAGACAACUCUUACCGCAAAGGGUUAAUAAACAUCUUCAAAAAUCGCGACAUUGCAGCUGUCCAGAAUGAACGCCAGCCGAGAAACACUGCCACCAUUAGACCGGAAGCGCUCGUCGAGAUGGACCAAGAGCGGGCGCUGCGCGAGGCCGCCGUCGCCGUGGGCGUUUUCGGACCACCGGUGUCUUUAGCCAUGGCGAGAUAUACCACGCCGUUACCUCUGCCGACAGUCGCACCCACGACGAACUCCACGAACAACACGACGCCGCCUCGGCAGGAUAACGAAGACGGAAACGCAUCCGAGGACAGCAUAGACGUGACGAACGAGGAGCCGUUGACACCUCAACGAAGCGGAUGCGCGCAGCUUCCGCCGGUGCUUCCGUCGUUAUAUUCACCCGCGAGUGCCGAAACGGUCUACGAAACCAGCGCGAGACUGCUUUUCAUGGCCGUCAAAUGGGCGAAGAACCUUCCCUCCUUCGCGAGUCUACCAUUCAGAGACCAGGUGAUAUUACUGGAAGAAGCCUGGUCGGAGCUGUUCCUGCUGAAUGCCGUUCAAUGGUGCCUGCCGCUCGAGUCGUCGCCUCUCUUCAGCGCCGCCGAGCUCACGGCUCUCACCCUCUCGCCUCAUCCGCACCCGCACUCGGGGAUGCACUUGCAAACUACCACGGGAAAGCCGAGCCAGGUGGCGGCGGAUGUCAGGCACUUGCACGACACUCUGCAGAGAUACAAGGCGAUCAUGGUAGAUCCCGCGGAGUUCGCCUGUAUGAAGGCCAUCGUCCUCUUCCGCCCAGAGACUCGCGGCUUGAAGGACUCCAGCCAAAUCGAGAACCUGCAGGAUCAGGCGCAGGUGAUGCUGGGACAACACGCGCGCGCCCAACAACCAGCCAGUCCGGCUCGCUUCGGCAGAUUGCUGUUGCUGCUGCCGUUGCUGCGAGCCGUCCCAGCGGCGAGAGUGGAGCUGAUCUACUUCCACCGGACUAUCGGCAACACGCCGAUGGAGAAGGUCCUCUGCGACAUGUACAAAAAUUAAAGCCGCCCCGAGCGGCAACGAGCUCUCCGCUACGAAGUGACGCGACGAGGACGAUAACGCGACACCCGAAGGAUCUCGGCACAAAUACAGACGAAAGUAGGAAGCGUGGCAGGCGGGAUCGGUCAUCGAAAGUGCUUGGUGCAGAGGCCGAGAGAGAGAGAGAGAGAGAGAGAGAGAGAGAAAGGGAGGAUAUUGAAGGGCUCGAGCCUUGUACCGACACAAUCAGGCCUAAGGACGAAGUCCUGUGUCCCUUCGACAAGUUCGCGAGGACUCCGAUCGGCGAGCAUUCCUACUACCGUACAAACGCGCGAGACGAAAACCGGCGGAAUGGCGUCGCUAACGAAUUCAACGGCAACUAAAAGUCGACCGAGGGGCACUGAAUCGCGGCGUAAAUAUA